AUGCAAUCCCUCGGCAUCAUAACAUGUUUUUUUAUCGCGCUACUCUCGAUAGUUCUCAUUCGCAUACUGUGCUCCUGGAUUUUGACUGAGAAGCGAGGCCUUCCGUUGCCUCCAGGUCCAAAACCGUUCCCACUCAUAGGCAACGCUCACCAGGUCCCUCUACAAUCCCAGCCGGAGGUGUUUACUCAGUGGGCCCUUCCAUAUGGCGACAUUGUCUUUGCGAGACUGUUCUCUACGCCCGCGAUCAUCUUGAAUACUGCACAAGUUGCGCGAGAUCUGAUGGAGAAGAGAGGAUCCAAGUACUCGGGAAGACCGCGGUUCUUAUGGGCGAUCGAAAUGGUCGGUUUCGAUCCAGUCCUUGCAUUUAUGCCCUACGGAAACCAGUGGGCGCAGCAGAGGAAGUGGUUCAAGGCAGCUCUUCAGGGCAAGGAAGCUCUCACCUCUUAUUAUCCCGUGCAGAGAACGGAGAGGCGGAGAUUUCUGCUUGCGAUGGUACAGACUCCUUACGAAUGGGAAUUUCACAUCAAGAGAUAUGCCGCGGCGCUCAUGCUAGAGAUUACAUAUGGUCAUAGCAUCACGGACGCAGAUGACGAUUACAUACACCUAGUGGACGACGCCUUAAAACAAUUCACAGAGGCCGCAGGCGGAGCAGCGGCAUUGGUAGACUUCUUCCCGUCUCUACGAUACCUGCCUACCUGGAUGCCAGGCGCAGGUUUCAAGCGCAAAGCUCGUGAAUUGAGAGCUAUCAUUCGCAAAAUGCUGGAUGUACCAGUGGAGAGGGUCAAACAUGCCAUGGCGUUAGGGGACACCAAACCAUCAUUCACCGCGUCCUUGUUGGCACAACUACACGGUGAAUCUGCAAUGUCGUCAGAGGCGCACAUUAGGGGUGCUGCAGCAGCAGCAUAUGCUGGUGGAGCCGAUACGACUAUUAUAGUGCUGAUGGCGUUUAUUCUGGCCAUGGUGUUACAUCCCGAAGUCUGCCAUAAAGCUCAGGCAGAGAUCGACCGUGUCAUUGGUAGAGGUCGGCUGCCAGACUUUGCGGAUAGAACCUCGUUGCCGUACCUUGAUUGUGUCUUGAAGGAGGUAUACCGUUGGAGCUGUCCCGUGCACCUUGGUCUGCCUCAUGCGGCAACUGAGGACGACGAGUAUCGCGGCUAUUUCAUACCCAAGGGCUCUAUGGUCAUUUCCAAUAUAUGGCGAGUAUUGGCAAUGACACGAAACCCUGAGUUAUACCCGGACGCAGAUGCCUUCCGUCCCGAACGCUUUGAGGUCGCAGACCCUGAGAUCGUAGAGGCUAUGGAUCCCAGCAACCUCAUUUUUGGCUUUGGGAGACGAAAGUGUCCUGGCGCUCAAUUGGGUGACGCGGACAUAUGGAUAGCAGUUGCUGGUAUCCUCGCAGCGUUCGACAUCCGAAAAGCCGUCAACGCGGCUAACGCUGAGAUCAUCCCGGCUGCUUGCUUCUCCGCCGGACUGAUGAGGCACGUGAAGUCGUUCCCAUGCGAGGUCGUUCCGCGCAAGGGAUUGAACUUGGAAACAAUUGAAUAG